AGAGAGAAGGAGAGAGAAGGAGAGAGAGAGAGAGAGAGAGAGAGAGAGAGAGAGAGAGAGAGAGAGAGAGAGAGAGAAGGAAGGAGAUAUAUACAGAAAGAGACAGAGAGACAGAGUGACUAUUAUUUACUCUAUACCUCCAUAAUUAUUCUAAUGAUGUCAGACUGUACCUGGGGAAUAAUAUCUCUGACUUUAACCUCUCUGCUUCUCUUCAUCUCUGUGUGUCUCAAUCUCACCUGCUUUCUGAGACACAGGGACACCAGACACAAAGCAGGCAAUGAGGAGUUUCUCCCCCAGCAGCAUUAUCCAAGAGAGCGUGAAAUGCAGGAGGAAGAGGAGGAAGAGGAGAAUCAGCAGCAGGAGAAUCCCAUCUACGGAAACAUCACUACAGACCUGUGCUAUGAACCCAUGACCAAGCAACGUUCCAGAGACGACAGAAAGCCUGCGCCCCAGCACUACCAACCCGACCUGAACUAUGCUUCUCUGGACCUGAACGUGGGACAGAUACCCAAGAAGAGGAUGCGUCGCUACCAGCAGGGCCAGGUUCAGGCCCAGACCGUGCCCGAGACCCAGAUGGGUGGGGGUUUCCUGGAAAUAGAUGCAGAGAUGGAGGCCUCCCUCCCCUCACGGAGUAGCAGCCCUCUGGCUUCCAGAAACAGCAUCUACCUCAACAGUCUACAGAUGGCACUAGAGACAGAGGAGAGGGAAUAAAAGAGAGCCAAGGAGAUGGGGAGGGAGAUGUAGGAGGAUAGAGAGUGGGAUGGAGACAGGAAGUGGGAGAGGGGGAGAAAGGUACAGUAGGUUAUGAUGGAGGGAUGGAGACAGGAAGUGGGAGAGGGGGAGAAAGGUACAGUAGGUUAUGAUGGAGGGAUGGAGACAGGAAGUGGGAGAGGGGGAGAAAGAUACAAUAGGUUAUGAUGGAGGGAUGGAGACAGGAAGUGGGAAAGGGGGAGAAAGAUACAGUAGGUUGUGAUGGAGGGAUGGAGACAGGAAGUGGGGAGAGGGGGAGAAAGAUACAGUAGGUUAUGAUGGAGGGAUGGAGACAGGAAGUGGGGAGAGGGGGAGAAAGAUACAGUAGGUUAUGAUGUAGGGAUGGAGACAGGAAGUGGGAAAGGGGGAGAAAGAUACAGUAGGUUAUGAUGUAGGGAUGGAGACAGGAAGUGGGGAGAGGGGGAGAAAGAUACAGUAGGUUAUGAUGUAGGGAUGGAGACAGGAAGUGGGGAGAGGGGGAGAAAGAUACAGUAGGUUAUGAUGUAGGGAUGGAGACAGGAAGUGGGGAGAGGGGGAGAAAGAUACAGUAGGUUAUGAUGUAGGGAUGGAGAUAGAGCUGGGUAUGUAGGGUAUGACACAUGAGCUGUUCCUAGGGUCUGCUGACCUGUAACAUGCGACUGGGGUUAGAGGUCAGGGAGGAAGAACAACGGUUCUAAAUGUGAACUCAAGCACUCAAUUAGGCAGAGAGAGCGAGAAAGAGAGGGAGAGGACUGGUGUUCUUUUAAAUAUAUUUAUUAUUUAACUAGGCAAGUACAGGUACAGAGACAUCAUACUGACCUACUUUAACCUCUAGUCAAUAUGUUAGAAUCAGACUUUAUAGAGAAAGGGGCUCCCACUGCAUAAACUGCAUAUACGUAUAUAUUAUUAUUAUUAUAUAUUUUUAUUAUUACUAGUAUUCGUAUAUACAGUAUACAGUGCAGUCGGAAAGUAUUCAGACCCCUUGACUUUUUCCACAUUUUGUUACGUUACAGCCUUACUCUAAAAGGUUUUUUAUUUUUAAAUCCCUUCAUCAAUCUACAAACAAUACCCCAUAAUCACAAAGCCAGUACUGGUUUUUAUAAAAAAAAUUAACAGAUGUAUAAAAAAUCAAAUCUGAAAAUCACAUUUACAUAAGUAUUCAGACCCUUUACUCAGUACUUUGUUGAAGCACCUUUGGCAGUGAUAACAGCCUUGAGUAUUCUUGGGUAUGAUGCUACAAGUUUGGCACACCUGUAUUUGGGGAGUUUCUCCCAUUCUUCUCUGCAGAUCCUCUCAAACUCUGUCAGGUUGGAUGGGGGGGCGUUGCUGCACAGCUAUUUUCAGGUCUCCCCAGAGAUGUUAGAUCGGGUUCAAGUCCGGGCUCUGGCUGGGCCACUCAAGUACAUUCAGAGACUUGUCCCGAAGCCACUUCUGCAUUGUCUUGGCUGUGUGCUUAGGGUCGUCGUUCUGUUGGAAGGUGAACCUUCGCCCCAGUCUGAGUUCCUGAGCGCUCUGGAACAGGUUUUCAUCAAAGAUCUCUCUGUACUUUGCUCUGUUCAUCUUUCCCUCGUUCCUGACUAGUCUCCCAGUCCCUGCCGCUGAAAAACAUUUCCACAACAUGAUGCUGCCUCCACCACCAUGCUGCCACCACCAUGCUGCCACCACCACCAAGCUUCACCGUAGGGAUGGUACCAGGGACGCUUCCAAAAAAUGUUUUUAAUCCAUUUUAGAAUAAGGCUGUAAGGUAACAAAAUUUUGAAAAAGGGAAGGGGUCUGAAUACUUUCUGAAUGUAUAUAUAUUCGUAUAUAUAUACAUUGUCAAGGGUUUUUCUUUAUUUAGACUAUUUUCUACAUUGUAUCAUAAUAGUGAAGACAUCAACACUAUGAAAUAACACAUAUGGAGUCAUGUAGUAACCAAAAAAGGGUUAAACAAAUCAACAUUUAUUUUAUAUUUGAGAUUCUUCAAAUAGCCACUCUUUGCCUUGAUGACAGCUUUGCACACUAUUGGCAUUCUCUCGACUUAUUGGUGUCCCUUUAGUCGUGGUUUCUUUGCAGCAAUUCGACCAUGAAGGCCUGAUUCACCCAGUCUCUUCUGAACAGUUGAUGUUGAGAUGUGUCUGUUACUUGGACUCUUGUGAAGCAUGUAUUUGGGCUGAAUUCUGAGGUGCAGUUAACUCUAGUGAACGUAUCCUCUACAGCAGAGGUGGGCAACUCCAGUCCUCGUGGGUCUGACUGGUGUCACAGUGUUGCCCCCAGGCCUCGGCUAACACACCUGACUCCAAUAAUCACCUAAUCAUGAUCUUUAGUUUAGAAUGUAAUGUGAUUAAUCAGCUGUGUUUGCUGGGGA